AUGAGCCAAGCUACCGUCAUCGGUCAAAUGCGUCAAGAACUCGAGAUAAACACACCAUCUCUGUUCGAUAUCCUGCACAACUCUCUCAUCCUCCGUACCAUCGCCCCCUACCUGCCCAUAUACAGCCUCCUUCAACUUUCCGCUGCCAACCACGAAAUCAGAUCUCUUAUCCGCAACACCCCUGGCGUGUUUCGGCACCUCGACCUCAGACAGGUCAAGAAGGCGCAGUUUUACAUCAAGCCCAUUGACAACGGUGGACAAGUGUGGCGUAAUGUGCAACUGGAUGAAAAUCUGAGUGAAGAUGAUUUCUACUCCGGUCCGUUGAGAGGCGCUUUCAACGCCAUCCAACGACAGGACAUCUGGAAAGAUGUCCAGACCUUGAUUCUCGACGGCCUAUCGGUGACGUCUGACUUGUGCCACGAGCUCAUCAAUGACCCUUCAUAUAGCGUGCGCAUACUGAGUAUACGAGAGGUUGAAAACUUGAACCAGGCCAGGCUCCGAGAGGCUCUGCAGUAUGCGUGUCGGCCGACACGACCCAAGAACUCUCCGCGGCUCAAGGCGCUCUAUGUAUUCGGUUCCAAAGAGGUGCAUCCAGAGAUGAAGCCAGGUCUGCCGGAUCGGGAAUCCCGAGGCGCCAUCAGCUGCAGGUGGAAUCACGAGAGUCGCCAGGCUCUCACAUCGUCUCUCGAGCGACAAGGCGACAGCUGGUGGUGCAAACGGGGCCGCGUCAUCACGCGGCCCGUUUCGCAGGAAUGGGUCAACUGCAUGGCAGCAUGCGAAGGCAUCGUUGCUUUUGACGCGGUCCUCUGCCGGGGGCCCCGGCCCAGAACGUCACCUGCCUUUGGACGGCCCUUGAUGAUGGCAGACAACGAGCCUGCCGUGGCUACGCAUGCCGUCGGCGGCUGCGAUGGUUGCGCCAAGGCACCAGAGGGUUUGGUGUCGGAGGAGCACCGCCCGCCGCAAUGCCUGCCUCUUCUGACCCCCCUUCCCAUCAUGGCGUCUUCGGUCCGGGCCGCAACCUGUCCGUCUCAACCUGGCCAGGCCUUUGUCCCGCGAUGCUUUGAUUGUCUCCACGAGCGGUACUGCGCGUGCUGCCAUAGGUGGUGGUGCGAGUCGUGCUUCCAGCUUCCCGGUCAGGGACAGCACACAGACGUGAACAACUUCAUCGUGGUGGAUGAAGACGAUGGUGUGGCAAACUUUGCUCAGAUCCUACAGUCGCAGGAUAACACACCCAAGAUCAAGGUACGACAUGGUACAUGUUUCCAAUGUUCGGCAGCGAGACUGGCUGCCCAGGAUGAUGCUCUGGUCCCUCCAUGA